AUGAAUAAACCUCAGCAAAUAAAUGAUCCGAAAUAUAACCAGAGCAAAGCUUCUAAUAUGCAAACUCAAGUGGCAGCACGAACCAAUACACAGGGACAACCCAUUCAACAAAUUUCUAUUCAAGUUCCAGCGAACAUGACUUCGGUACAGUUGGAAGUUCCAAGCGCUAAUUCCGUGGCAAUGCAGGCUCAAGUCGCGGCACAGCGUGAAACUUUACAAGAAAUAUCACAAAUCACAUCCACACAACCACAGACUCAGAUCCUUUUCAAUGCAAAUCAACCAGCUGCGCCUUAUAUUUCAGCGCAGAUUCCUACGUCUGGACUUCAUGGAGUCGUCAACCCGACUAGCGACGUUGUACAAGUGAGGGUCUUUCCAGCAAGCAAUGGCGCAUCUGGCGGAGGAAGUGUUCCAUUUAACGUUACUGGUGAACCAAAGGGCGUUGUGUUGAAAGAAUAUGGACCGUCUAGGAUGGACACAGAUUGA